UUAGCAAACGAAAAUAUAUUUAAAUGAAUUAAAUAUUGCAAUUUAUUUUAAUUUAUUUGCGCAUUAGAGUUCCGGAGUGUUUUGGGACUCAAAUGGAUUGAAAUAUAAAAUGAACUAUUAUGUUGAAUUUAGAUGUAUUCGUAUCCAUAUUAUAUUAUUUUGAAUUCAAAUGAAUUCAAAAAGUCUGAAGCGCAAAUUCGAAAAUAUUGAAAUAAAUUUCAUUCAUAUAUUCAUUUCAAUUUAUUUUCAUUUCGUACUGGCAGUGUUUUAUUGUUAGGUUCGAAACUGAUCAAACAACCUACGUAUUUAUUUUUAUUGGUAUGUUCGAUUAUUAAAAGCGAUACGACGAAAAGUAUGCAUUUACGACAUGUCUGUAUUAAUAAUGUAAUAUUUUUGAUAAUUGUAUAGCGAUAAACAAAAUACUUUAUUGCAAAUAAUUGUUUUGUCCUUUGAUAAUUUUUGCUGAUAAAUAAAGCUGCUUUGUCUAAAGCUAGUAGUGCCGUUUUCACCGUUAACAUGAACAUUUAUUCUUUCAUUUUUAUUUUUCUCUGUUAUACGGGUAAGUAUUUAUAUCCCAGAUUUCAUAAACAUUAUUUAAAAUUGCAAAAUUUAACAGGACGUUUAUGUUGUGGAUUUUUGAAUGAAGAACAAAGAAUCAUUCAUGGAAUAGACACCAAUAUUAAUUUAGUGCCUUAUAUGUUAUCGUUAAGAAUAAAUAAUGUACACGUGUGUUGUGCUGCUAUAAUAAACGCAAAGUGGGCUGUGACAGCAGCUCAUUGUUUAAAAGCAACAGAAUAUCCUUUGAAAGAGAUUACCUUGUGCAGUGGAUCUUCUGUUCUUUAUAAGAAUUGUACUGUUCAUAACAUAGCCAAUUUUUCCAUUCACGAAAACUAUGACAGCAGGAUCAAUGACUUUGACAUCGCUGUUGUCAAAGUAAUACCUGCAUUCACAUAUAAUGAUCAUACGAAAGCAGUUAAUUUGGCAUCAAACGGAUAUAUUCAUACGAAAUGGGGUAUAAUCUGUGGUUGGGGAUAUUAUCUGAAAUUUCAUGAUUUUGUCGAGCCAGUUUUGUCAAAAAAUCUGCAAUGCGCAGUAGUACCACGAAUAAAUAAAUGGACAUGCCAGUCAUAUUAUACAAACAGAUAUAUAUUGACACCUCGGAUGACAUGUUAUGGAUUCCACGAAGGAGGCAUAGACGCUUGUCAAGGUGAUUCUGGAGGACCAAUAGUGAGUAAUGACAAUAUUCUCCUUGGUAUAACUUCAUGGGGAGAUGGUUGUGCUGAACAAAAUUCACCUGGUGUGUACACAGAUACCAUAGUUCUACGACACUGGAUUAGACACAAAAUCGGAAUAUAUACUUGAGAAAUUUAUUAUUGUUAUCAGAAUGCUUGAAUGCUCAUUUAAUCAAGAUUGGGUAGGUUAUAUUAAUAUAUUUUUUUAACUAAAUUAAGUAAACAUUAAUGGUUUAUAAAAUUAAUUUAAUCAAAAGUUACGUUAACAUUAAAUUAAGUUAAAAGUUAAUUUUGUAUAAAGCAUUAUUCAUAUUAAAUCAGAAAUUUGUAAGUUUCUAAAGUUAGAUUAACAAUACUAUAAUUCAAAACAAUUACAAUAUGGAUUAUCAAACAAAUUUAAUAUUUUAUUUGUAAAUUAAGUAUAAAAGAAAUAUUAUGUAUUUUGCUUGUAAUGUA